AGAAAUAACCGCCCAUCCCUAGCAAGAAGUCGGCGCUCCAAAGUGACACAAGAGACAGCGACAGCAUGGAGACUGGUGACACAGAACUAGUAGAAAAAUAACCUGUCAGUGGGUGUCAUCUGUGACGUUAGUUAAAUAUGAAAUUAAUGACAACAAAAACAAUUUUCGAAUUUUGAUAAUAAACAGAGGACUAACUAAACUUAUCCAUGGAGGUCUUCCAUUUUAAGGACGCCAAAAUCGUUCCAGACAUUGUACAUACUUAUAGUGGAGACAUUAGAGCAAACUCUGUCCCUUUGAUCUAUGACAAUGGUUCUUAUGUGGCUAGGGUAGGUUGGGCAACAAGCAAAGAACCUCUUCUAAUGUUCAAAAAUUUAAUUGCUAAACCAAGAAAGGAGAGGUCCAAGAAAGACAAUGUUGAGCCAGCUCAAGCCCCGCAAUUACAAGUUGGUAAUGACAUAUUGAACAUUGAAGCAGUUAGGUUUCAAUUAAAAACACAGUUUGACCGCAACAUAGUAACACACUUUGAAGCACAGGAACAUUUAUUUGACUAUGCAUUCACACAUCUUGGAAUUGAUAGUGAGAAUCGAGUUAAUCAUCCCAUUGUGCUCACAGAGGCAUUUUUAAAUCCAAAUACAUCAAGGCAGUUAAUGACGGAGCUCCUGUUUGAGUGUUAUGACGUACCCAGUAUAACAUAUGGAGUGGAUACACUGUUUGCCUACCAUUAUUGUCAAAGUAAUCCAAAGAGUGAUGCUCUCAUAUUAAGCCUGGGUUACCAGACAUGCCACAUUGUACCCAUGUUAGACAACAAAGUUGUAUUUGAGAACAUCCGAAGGAUAAACACAGGAGGUUGGAAUGUUGUCACAUUCUUACAUCGUAUCCUGCAACUGAAAUAUCCAGCACAUGCUACAGCAAUUACUUUGAGUCGUGCUGAGGAGCUGCUGCACACCAUUUGUGAAGUGGCCGAGGAUUAUAGGGAAGAGUUGAAGAAGUGGUUCAAAACAGAGUAUUAUGAGAAUAAUAUAAGGAAGAUACAGCUGCCAUUUUCAUCAAUUUCUACAAAUUCAGCACUAACGUUGGAACAACAGAAAGAGAGAAAACGAGAACUGGCUAGACGACUUACGGAGAUAAAUGCCAGAAAACGAGAAGAGCGUCUAGCAGAAGAUCAAGAGAAACUUCGACAGUUACUUGAAAUUCAAGAAAUUAUCGAUUUUGGGGCAGAAAAACAAGAAAUAGAAAACUUGUUAGCGGAAGUACAAAUGAAAAAUUUGCAAGAGUUACAGAAAACUGUUACCAACCUGAAUAUGAGGAUAGAAAGGACCAGGCAAAAAAUAAUCGCAGCGAGUUCAGCUGAAGAUACUGAAGAACCACCCGUUAAGCAAACAAAAUUAUCAAAGAUGGUUUUUGAAAGUGACACUGCAAUGCAUUCAUUCAUAGAUAAUGUCAAGAAAAUGCGCCAAGAGAUCUUGACAAAGAAGAUGCUUCGGAAGCAAAGAAAGCAGGAUAUAUUCAAAAGACGUACUGCUGCUGGACAAGAACGCAUGCGUAUCAUUUCCCAGCUGGCUAGAAAAGAAAAAGGGAACGACGACUUUGGCCUUAGAGACGAAGACUGGGACAUUUACAAAACAAUAAGCAAAGAUGGCGGAGACUCUGACAGCGAAGCUGAAAAUGAAAAACUGAUGGAGUUCGAAGAGAUUCUGAGAAACCAUGAACCAGAAGAGUUUGAUAGUUCAGCCAAUCCUGGCGAAACUCACCAAUUGCAUGUUGGGAUUGAACGAUUUAGAGCUGCUGAAUUAAUUUUCAAGCCUUACAUGGCAGGAUCAUCAGAGGCAGGAUUAUCGGAAGUUAUAGGAUAUGUUCUGACACUAUUUAGUCCAGAUGAGCAGUUACGGCUUGCGAAGAAUGUGAUUAUCACUGGAGGUCUGGCGAACUUGAAAGGUUUAAAAGAGCGGAUUUUGAAAGAUCUCAUCUCAAUAAGACCAUUUCAGUCGGAAGUGUCUGUAAGCGUCAUGAAGGACUGUUCUCUAUCUCCUUGGUAUGGGAUGAAGCAAUUUGCGAGGUCUGAAGAAUACAAAAAGUACAUUGUCACGAAAAAAAUGUACGAGGAGUAUGGCGGUGAAUACUUCAAGACGCAUUUGGCGUCAAAUCCUUAUUUCGUGUCACCCAAAGAGACUAUGGUCGAUGUUGAUACAUAACUCGAUUUCAUAGCAAUACUUAGACUGAUAUUGCUGCUUGCAGCUACAUGGUUACAAUUAAUGUCUGCCUGGUCGUAUGUAAUACCAGAUAUAUAUAUAUAUAUAUAUAUAUAUAUAUAUAUAUAGAUCACUAUUAUAUAUAAGCGGUCUAAUGUAUACGGAGCAUCUAUGUUGAGAUACUUAUCUCAGGCCAGGAAUUGUUGAACAUCAAACAUCAUCUGUCUCAAUGUAUAAGACAAAAUAUCAUAAGGGAGAAGUGCUGGAGAGCUUUUAUCGUCUUUUAUUGCUCUCAAAUUCUGUUGCCCGCUUGGCAAACUCAGAUUGUAUAUUUUCAAGAUAUGCAUUAAAUACAUAACUAUAAUAAA